GUUGAGUUAAAGUUAGAUUUACGGAAAGAAAAGUAUUAAGCGGCGAGUUGAGUGGAGAAUUGGGAAAGAAUAGAGUUUGAAUUGAAUUGAAGACAACGAAAGGCAUUCAUUCAUUCAUUACUUCACUAUGAGCAGCAACGAAUACGAUUACCUGUUUAAACUUUUGAUAAUCGGAGAUUCCUCCGUUGGAAAAUCUUGCUUGCUUCUCAGAUUUGCUGAUGACUCAUAUGAUGACACCUACAUUAGUACCAUCGGCGUUGAUUUCAAAAUCAGAACUGUUGAACUUGAAGGCAAAACCGCCAAGCUGCAGAUUUGGGAUACUGCUGGACAGGAGCGAUUCAGGACUAUUACUAGCAGUUACUAUAGAGGAGCACAUGGAAUCAUUAUUGUUUAUGAUGUCACUGAUAUUGAAAGUUUCAACAAUGUCAAACAGUGGUUACAUGAAAUUGAUAGAUAUGCUAAUCACUCUGUCUCCAAGCUUCUUGUUGGGAAUAAAUGUGAUCUCACCGACAACAAGCUUGUUCAUACCCACACUGCCAAGGCAUUUGCGGAUGAGCUUGGUAUCCCUUUCCUUGAGACAAGUGCUAAAGACUCCAUCAAUGUCGAGCAGGCUUUCUUAACUAUGGCAGCUGAGAUUAAGAACAAGAUGGGAAGUCAACCAACUGGUAGUAAGUCAGCAGCAGAAUCUGUUCAGAUGAAGGGGCAGCCAAUCCAACAGAACACCAACUGUUGUGGUUAGGUUCAACUUGUAAAUUUCCAUCUCUUUCUUAGAGUUAUAGUAAAAUAGAGUGACCAUGUUUCUUUAAUCUGUUAUAACAUAGAUGGUUCAGUCACUGCCAAAAUACCAUCUAUAAUAUACUUCUUACUCUUAUGGUGACUUAUCAAAUUUAGAAUGAAACGGUAGCAAUUUCACAUUCGCAUCA